GCCCGGUGGUUUUGUGAUCCACACAAUCUCCUUGCGCAAAAACAUCCCUAUAAAGGCAGAGGCAUUUAAGAGAAAAAAACCCAAAGUCCUUCUUCUCGAACCCUAAAAAAAAAAUUGUCUUCUCUUCUCACCACCAUCGCUCGCGUAUCCCCGUUUCUCAUUCACCUGCGAACAACUGAGGGACAAGAAACAAUGAUGAAAAACACGUUCGAACUCUGUUCAGAGUUACCUCCCCUUAUGUCAAAUCUCGAGAUAGAGAAGAAAACGGAAGAAGCUCCUCGACGGCAGCAGGAGGGAGAGCACGAUCCGAUCAAGCAUGCCAAUUCUCUUCUUGCUUUUUUUCAUGAUGCUAUUGAAGGCUUGAAUUCUCACAUGGGCUUCGAUCGUGAUACCCUUAAUAGAUUCAUCACCCAAUCGUUUGCCGAUCCUCGAUUUGCUGACCUAAUGAAAGUUUUCAGCGACGAUGCUGCAAGUUCAGAUGUUGGUACAACCAUUCCUGAUAAGGUUGCUAGUCGUGACGAUAUCGAGGCAUUGAUCCCUGAGGAUCCCGACGACUGGACAGAAGAGAUGUGGGAUUAUUGUUACGAAAUGGAACAGGAGGAUAUGAGGAAUUUCGCAGAGCAGCAGUUGGCUUUGCAGCAGCAAUUGGACGGAAAAUUGUGAAGAAGACAAGUAAAAGAGAGAGAUAGAGCGAUCAAGUGGCUUGGCUUGAAUAUGUCUAGUAUUUUUCAUGUUUUGAAUUAAUUAAUUAAUGUAGACUCGGAAAACGGAUUGAUUUCCCAUUCCAUCUA